AGUAGCAGGCGGUGGCAGCGACGUCGACUUUGUCUGACGUUUCAGCGCUGUGUGUAGUCCUGUUUUUAGUGUGUGCAGUGUGCGAGUGAUGUCAACAGGUGUUUUGGCGUCGUUCUGGAAUUUUGUUGGUUUUUCACAAUAUUUAUUUUGAAAAAAAAACAUUGUGGUGCGGCGUUUAGAUAUUAUAAUCUUUGUUUAGCGAAAUAUUGGUGGCGACGUUUUGGAAUUUAAGUGAAUUGAAAGGACUACCUGCUGUGGGUCGUUUAGUUUGUGCCGCAUCCUAGCCGAUGGUAUCAAGCAACUAAUCUUCAAAAAUGUUCUUCAAUGGCGUAGAUCCAAUCCAGUCUUCUUCUACCGGUUUGGUCAUGAAUGCUAACCUGACCCCGGUGAUGGCAGGGCAGAUUCAGGAGCAGCAGUUCUGCCUCCGUUGGAACAACUAUCACUCUAACCUGUCGGCGGUCUUCGAUCAACUGUAUCAAAAUCAGUGCUUCGUAGAUGUUACUCUGGUUGGCGAAGGACGUUCAGUUAAGGCACACAAAAUGGUCCUCGCCGCUAGCAGUCCCUACUUUCAGACUAUUUUUUCGGAAACUCCCUGCAAACACCCGGUCGUAAUCAUCAAGGACGUUAAAUGGGAAGAACUAAAAGCUUUGGUCGAGUUCAUGUACCGAGGGGAGAUAAACGUGGGUCAAGAUCAGAUUCGGCCAUUGCUCAAACUGGCCGAAAUGUUCCAGAUUCGCGGGCUGGCUGAUGUGAAACAUGAAGAUGUUCAGGUACCAAUGCCGGAAAACAACGUCGAGCAAUUCACGGUGUAUACUGCACUGAACGUUGAUACCAGUCAGCUACAGCAAACCGUUCUCACCGAAGAUCUGGACAACGUUUCCAAUGGGAAGCGAAAAUCAAAGGACCGAGAACUAGCCAGGAAGCAAACUCUCGAAACAUUGCACGUUCCCGUUGAGUGGCCCAACGACGAAGAGUUGAAGAAGGUAGCUGAGUUUAAACCGAAGCAGUCACGUAAACGGAAGCCAACCUCUGCCUCGAACGAAAACUCGAUGAAUAGUUUCGAUCUGUCGACGAAUCAGUAUCACAGCGAAGAUCCAUCCACAGCGGUUCCACUGGGAGCAGUUACGGUUCCGCCUCCAGCUACUGUGAUGAUUGAUUCGGCGGGGACUUUUCAGCCGGAGGAAGAUGGCGCCACGAAGAUGAGCUUUCUGCAGACUACUCUGGAAGAUGACACAUCGAUCAAUAAUUCCCAGGAAUGGAAGUCCACAACAAACGAAUCUCGCACCAAGCAAAAAGUUCCCGCCUGGAACUGGGCCCAGCUGCAGGAAGCGAUCGCGGCCGUCGUCACGCAACGGUUACGCUUCACCCAAGCGUCCGCCCAGUACAACAUCCCGAAGGGAACCCUGUACGACAACAUCCUCGGUAAAGCCCACCGCAUGGCAGUCCUGCAAGAUCUCGCGCUGAGCCCCGCGGAAGAGGCGGCCGUGUUGGAAUUUUGCUGCGACACUACCAACUCACCGUACAACAAACGGACCAAAAAAUCGCUGAUGAGUAUUCUCGAGUUUCUGACCCGCUUCGAGACGUACCGCAGCAAGGCGGACCGGUUUAAGUUCGGUGGAAAGCCCGGUUUCCGCUGGUGGUGGGCCUUCUGCCGGAAGCAUUCGAUCGUUUCGCUCUACUUCGAAGGAAUGAAAACGGAGGAGAACAGCCAGGAUGCCAUCAAAAGAGAACGCAAAAGUGCAGACUUUGACGAGGACGGAGAAACGCCAUGAGAGUCCAUCUGUUGAAUGAUUGAUUGAAACACAGAUAUAUUUGUGCCUUAUACAGUAAUCGCUUGUGAUUGAAACAUUCUCGUUAGGAGCUAAGUAAUGAUUGCAAUGUAUGUAGCUAAUAGGAUUGAAAUAAUCUUUUUUAUCGACUAGUAUAAGAGUGAACAAACCAUUCCUAUGCAGCUGACGCGAGCAUAUUUUUUUCGGGUUUCAUUCAGAAUUUGACUGAGUUGAUCUUUUUCGAUUAAGCUAAAAUGCUACUCAG